AAGCACAAGGCGGUGAAGCUGCAAUCUGGCAUUACUAAGUCGACAGCCUCAAUCUAGACAACCAACCAACAACAAUCUACAUCCCCCUCACAGUCUUGUCCAGAAGCCAGCAUCAUGUCUGCACCAAGAACUACGCAAACCCCGUAUUUGUCCAACGGGCGGAUGCUCGAAACUCCUCCACUCACAGCCCGAGUUGUUCGUUGGGUCGACAGUCUGUAUCUCUUCUUCGGUCUUUACUUUGUCUCUUUAUUUGCGUUCGACUCCUACGGUGCCGCCGAAAGCUCACAGUUCAACAUCGCCGCAUCGCACAAUGACCCCAAUACCAGAUCCCGUUGGGGAGGAAGCGGUGGCAGCGGAGGAGGAAAGCCUGGUGGUGGUGGCGGCGGCGGCGACAGCGGACCAGGCGGUGGAAAAAGGCUCGGACGAGUAGACGAUAUUCGAGGACCGGAGUGCAAGAGCUGUCAAUAACCAAUCUGCUGUCUUUGAAUACCUAUGCUGCAGCAUAUACAAUAGUACACUCCAGCUGUCUUGGUUCCUGCUGUCCGUUUCAGGAUCUGGAAGGACAUGUUUCUUUAUGACUCGAUGCGUCGGAUAUGGAUAUGAUUAUGGAUAUGGAUAUUAUACUCUCAAUAAAGUCAUUUACACAA